CUGCACGAGGAUCUUCCUUAGCAACCGUGGAUAAACAUGAGUUACUACAGCAUAAGAGAGGAAAGACCGGGACUAGCAUUCCUGCAGCCGCAUCCAUGGACACUGUAAAGAAUGGGGGAUCUCAGCCUGUCUACAGCCGCUGGUCAUACAGACCCUCCAGCUCUGCUAGCUUCUCCUCUAACUCAACAGCAAGUGGCAUCGAAGACGACAGUGCCAGUCUUAUGCAGCAGAAGCUGGAAAAACAGAGGGCACUGCUGGAGCAGAAGCAGCGGAGGAAGCGUCAGGAACCUCUGAUGGUUCAGCCCAACACGGAGGUUCGGCCCCGACGCUCCAGGACACGGCGUGGUGAGGAGCAGGCCCCUCUGGUAGAGUCUCAUCUCAGUAUCACCAACGAUGUCAUCAUGGAUGGUAUUGAUGGCCCAGCAGCCUUCUUGGGCUCAGAAGCCCCUGAUCUGGGAAUGAAAAUCCAAAUCCUAUCAGUGAGCCAGUCCCAGCCUCAGUUCCCGUCACAGCCCCUGUCUCAGCCCCAGUCUCGGCCUCAGUCUCAGCCGCAGUCCCCCACUGCUGAGGAGCCCGAGAGAGAUGGAGACACUGAGACACUGUUAGAGCCCAAGACCGAUAUCCAUGAAUUACUGCAGAAACAAGGUCUGUGUGGCAGUAUGAACUUCGAUGAAGCCAGCGAGCACGAGGACGAUGUGGAGGAGGAACGGACACGUUCUCUGUCCCCAAGUACAGAUGCCACCAGACCCUCCUCUGCCGCCAGUGGCAAGGACAUUCCAGAGGUGGUAACCCCGGGAUCACCCACAGCAGACAGCGUGCUAAUUGAUGUGGCCAAUCUAGAGGAGUUUGUUUUUCGUCCCGCUCCACGUGGUGUCACUGUUAAAUGUCGAAUCACACGGGACAAAAAGGGCAUGGACCGCGGCCUUUACCCAACAUACUUCAUGCACAUGGAGAGGGAGGACGGCAAGAGAGUGUUUUUGCUGGCAGGAAGGAAGAGAAAGAAGAGUAAGACGUCCAACUACCUUAUUUCAGUAGAUGCCACUGAUCUAUCGCGAGAGGGAGAGAGCUUCAUAGGUAAACUGAGGUCCAACCUCAUGGGCACCAAAUUCACAGUGUAUGACAACGGCACCAAUCCCUGCAAAAACCCCGGGGCGCUGCUGGAAGAGAGCAACACACGACAGGAACUGGCUGCCAUCUGCUAUGAAACCAACGUGCUGGGAUUCAAAGGACCACGUAAGAUGACUGUAAUUAUCCCGGGCAUGAACAUGAACUUUGAAAGAGUCCCUGUAAGGCCUCAAAAUGAACAGGAGAGCCUCCUGAGCAGGUGGCAGAAUCACACACUAGACAACCUGAUUGAGUUGCACAAUAAGGCCCCCGUGUGGAACGAUGACACCCAGUCUUACGUGCUGAACUUCCAUGGCCGCGUUACUCAAGCCUCAGUCAAAAACUUUCAAAUAGUCCACGACAAUGACCCUGACUACAUCGUCAUGCAGUUUGGCAGAGUGGCUGAAGACAUCUUCACUCUGGACUACAACUAUCCCAUGUGUGCUCUUCAAGCCUUUGCUAUCGGCCUGUCCAGCUUUGACAGCAAGUUGGCCUGCGAAUGAACCAGUUGUACCUCCGCGCCACCACUUUUCCUGUCCUCCCUCAAAUCUCUUAUGGCCAGACUAUUUGGAAGCCGACAGAGACGCUGUAAUCAGUUCACACAGAAGUUAACUAACAAACAUGACACUGAAAAAAGAACAAGAGGAUUCUGAGCAGAGGUGUCUGCUCUGUUGGCCAAUCCAACAACCCUCUUGGUUCCUGUGUGGUGUUUUUUCAGGCCAUUUUAGUGGGUUAUUUCAAUAUCAGUGUAACCAUUUUGUACAGUGUAUGUGUACUUGUACAAAUGUAUACAACUUAAAAGGGAAAAGACAAGACAUCUGUGCGGAGACGCGAAAUCUGGUGCAAAAAGAACUGAUGUUUUAAAUUUAAGACUGAAACAUUGUUUGAAAGGCAGUAAUGUGUGUAUUAAUGAUGUGAUUUCUGUUACCUUUAAAUUUGAUUUCACUUUGUUUUUUUUGUUGCCACACUAGCACCAUGGCUCUAAGAGUGGCACAGUCAGCUGAGAUCGCUCUAUGGAGCACAUACCGUUUUAAUUACAAAACAUGGCCUUUCCUCUGGCGCCACCCUCUGGCCAAACUUUAGAGUCAUUUGGUAACCAGGAAUCAAAUAUUCUUGUCUGGUAAGUAAUGGGCAUCACAGUCUGGGUGCUAGCCUGACAUCUUUAAAUGUUUCUACAUAGUUUAAUCUGCCAUCUACACAUUUUGACACCAUUCCUUUAUCAUCAUGUUGUCUUCGCUCUUUUUAUUAUUGUGUGGAAGGUGCAUAAUCCCGAAGAGGCCUGUCUUAUGGUUUUUGUGGGGUUUUUUGUGUGAAUAUGUGUCAUUUUUAUCUUGUGACUGUGAUUUUUCUUUGUCAUAACAAGUUAGAUUAUCAUGAAAAAGAAAACAAAUGCAGAAUUGCACAAAUUUUAAGAGAAAGUAAAUACAUACUGUAUAUAAGAGAAUGCCUUCCUUUUUUAAAUAUUCUAGUUGUCGUUAAACAACAUAAAAUGCUUUAUGUUAUUUCAAGACAUGGACUUUCAAAAUAGUGGAUAGAAUAGAUAGUUAAGUAUUAAUACACUAGACAGAGCUUAUAUUUUCAUUGGUACAUAGAUACAGAAGUCACACCAGACUUUUUUUGUUUGUAUGAAGAGAAACAACAAGAGGUCUACUGUAUCUACUGUAUUCAAGAUAUAAGUGGCAUUUUACUGUUUGAGAUGGAGGUAGAGCCUCGUUUCUACAGUCUACAUGUUGUCUGUCUCAAAAUCUCCAUUUUUUAAUCUCUUCUCUUUAAUGUGGAAACUUAAGGGAAAUCAAUAAAGGAUAGGAACCCUAUGUGGCUUUACAUCAUUAAAGGUCCCUAAUAUUUUGGUAAUCAGAGUACUGUAUGUCUGUGAAGGAAGUGAAAACAAAAUGAAAACGUCUGUAUAGUACAUAGAUCUUGCAGGUCAUUAUUGCUUCACACCCAACCGUAAACAAUUCACUCACAAUUACUUUUGAGUUGGUCUAAUCUGGAUCCUUCCGUGGGACAAUGGGACGAGGAGGCUUUUCAGGGGUAGAUGUAACUACUGUUUGACUAAGGUGUUCCUGCUCAGAAAUCCUCCCUAACGUGCAAAACAAACAGAUUUAAAUAUCUGGUUGGUUUUAAAGAAAUUUGAAAUAUUCCAAACAUUUUCAAAAUAACUGUGUGCCAGGAAUUUAUGAAAGUCCUGUUUUGUCAUCUUGUGCGCAGUGGAGUUUUGAAGCGAGAAAAAGAUUCAUCGAAUAUAUUUUGAAAUAUAAAUGCUUUUACUACAAGACACAGGUGAAACACAUUCCAGUCUAACGUUUGAAAAAAAAAAAAAAAAAACAUACAAUCAGGUAUAUGGCUGUAUUUUAACAGAUAGAAAUAUAACAAUGGAUGACAAACUUGUUUAUCAUGUUGAAAUGCAGAGAUGAAUGUAUCCAGUGAGGGGUUUAUUUUCAUAAACCUAACAGAUGUCAAUUUGAUUCAGAAAAACAAAAGUACUCAUUUCAAUCGAUGUAAAAAUGUUUGAAUAACCAAAAUAAAGUGCUUUGUGAGUUUGAACUACA